AGACAGUUGGCUGGUGCACUUUGGCGUGUUACGUUGUCAGUGAAUUUGUUGUGUCGACAUUUUCGUAUAGUGUACCUUUAAAUCUUAAAAUAUCGAAAUGGCUGACCAACUCACCGAAGAACAAAUUGCCGAAUUCAAAGAGGCAUUCUCGUUGUUUGACAAAGACGGAGAUGGUACUAUCACAACCAAAGAAUUAGGAACUGUAAUGAGAUCUUUAGGGCAGAAUCCUACAGAAGCUGAACUACAGGAUAUGAUCAAUGAAGUAGAUGCUGAUGGCAACGGCACAAUCGAUUUUCCUGAAUUCUUGACGAUGAUGGCCAGAAAAAUGAAGGACACAGACAGCGAGGAGGAGAUUCGCGAGGCAUUCCGGGUGUUCGACAAAGACGGCAACGGUUUCAUUUCGGCAGCGGAACUGCGUCACGUGAUGACCAACUUGGGCGAAAAAUUAACGGACGAAGAGGUGGACGAAAUGAUCAGGGAGGCCGACAUCGACGGCGACGGUCAAGUCAAUUACGAAGAAUUCGUCACCAUGAUGACUUCAAAGUGAAGAAGCCAACAAUUUGCAUUUCUGCUUUCCAUUGUUUCAUCCCGGCCCAUUAUCUACAUUUUCAACAUCUCGAACUUUUUGCUAGGCUGCCGGGCCACUAAAGUGAAUAACUUAAUCGUUAUUUAAUUUACAAGACAAGUUUUAAUUAAUAUAAUUAAUAAAUAUUUAUAAAUCAAUAUAAUUGUGUAAAUUUUUGUAAUAUAUUUGUUUUGGGGCGGUGCGACACCACGCAUCAUCCUCUGUACUGUAUCAACUACUUCUGUGCUACAUGUCUAGUUGAGUCGUUAUCUCGUUAUUCACAAAGUAUGAAAACAACGCGUACUUAUUAAAUAAACUCGUCGUUCUAUUUGGUGUUAGUUUAGGGGAUACAAAUAUUUAGGUGACACUUGACAGUCUCAUUUUUCAUACUUUGUGAUCCAAACGUACAUCUGUGCACUUACUAUACAUAGUAUGUAUCCCCUUAAAAUAUUAUUUAAAAAAAGUUAUUACUUGUACUAAAGUUUUAAUUUCCAUCAUCCCAGUGUACUGUAUCGUAGGUUUUACAUUUUUUAGUCUAGUGUUUUCAAAUUGAUCAAAAGGUUUAAUUUUUGAUCAGCCUGAUAUUUUUCAAUAUUUUAAUUUAUUAUUUUUUAAGUAAGAACAGAUAUCAGUUACAAUGUGAAAUUAUAAUUAGAUGUUUAAAUUUGAAAUAAAUGUGACUAAAAAUCUGGAUUUCGUUACUGAUGGUACCCAAAUAAUAAUGCUAUAUUAUUAAAGUUUUUUAUGUUCAAAUUUUCUUUAUUUAAAAUAAAAUUAUUUAAACAAAA